GAUUUCGACUACCCACGUCAGUCUUCUUCUUCAAACGAGAGUAGAUGUACAUCGCCUCCACAUUCAACAUGAAAACAAUCAUCGCCCUCUGCGCCCUCGUGGCCAUCGCCAUCGCAGCACCCCCUCACGAUGAGACGGUCAUCGUGAAAGAAACACCACUGGAUAACAUUGGUGUUGAUGGAUACCAGUAUGGUUACGAGCUUUCCAACGGUCAGGCCCAUCAAGAGUCUGCCCAGCUGGUGAACGUCGGCCAUGAGAACGAGGCUCUCGUCGUCCGCGGUAGCUUCACCUACGUCGACCCGGAGACCAACGUUAGGUACACCGUCAACUACGUCGCUGACGAGAACGGAUUCCAUCCCGAGGGAGCGCAUCUGCCGUCUAUCUAAAUGUUAAUAUUAAUUACCAGUGAGAUACUAAAGUCGAUAUGAAAAAUAGCUAGCUCUGGAUAAACUUACCUGAUGAUCAUCAAGUGGGCGUAGUGAGCCCGAAGACAAUUGAAGAGUACAGACAUUCUCGAUCGUUUUAAUAUAAAUACCUGCAUAUUGGCUUAUAAUGCAGUAGAUAUUAAAUUCACGAUUUAUUAAUUAUAUACAAAUGCUUCGUGAAUGAAUAUACUGAUUUACAUAAUGAUAUCGAACGUAUUAGCGAAACUGUAUUCUUUUCAACAGUCAUUACUUGUAUGAAUGAUCGAGUACGAACGAUAUUGUUUUAAAUAAACAUUGAAUGUGUUAUGUUUUCACGUCGCGGAUGUAUAAUGUACAUAUCUAUGUUAUAAUAAAUCGUAAAAUUAAUAUUGUAUUGUGAGUUAACAUGAAAUUCUUAAUCGGUCUUUAAUAGUACCUUAUUGAAAAUCGAUUAUAAAUAGCACAAACAUGGGUCGAUUAAUCGUAUUUGGACUGCACAGCUAUAUUUGGAAAAAUUCCAGCGACAUUGCGAUCUCUACAAUUUCGUCACAGUGAUACGCGCAAUUCUACCUUUUGCAUUGUAAUACAAUUCUGCCUUUUGUAUUAUAGUAGCUUUGUCGAUCUUAAAUUAAUAAGAAUUU